CACUGCAUUCUUUCGUCUCACUCACUGUGAACCCGCCGACAUGCAUUCUCUUCACAAGAUUACCUUCCACGGAGAGCAGAUCCACACUUGCGUCACCGACGAUGCCUCCGUCGUCACCCGUUGGAUCAUCGACGUCGAGCGCUCCCACCUGCUCUGGCUGAACCGGCUCGUCGUCGGCCUCGACAUCGAGUGGCGCCCCAACCUCGAGCCCGGCGUUGUCCAUCCCGUGGCUACCCUGCAAUUGUGCGUCGGCCGCAGUUGCCUCAUCUUUCAAUUUCUCCACGCGGAGUACAUCCCCGGGUCGCUCCAUGCGUUUCUUGGUAAUCUCAACUACACGUUCGUUGGCGUCGGCAUCAAGGAUGACGCAAUGAAGCUGAGGGAUGACUAUGGGCUUACUGUGUCGCGCAUGGUCGAUCUCCGCGGACUGGCGGUGGGGAGGUGGCGGAACCUGUCAUUGGGUUAUAUGGGGCUGAAGAAACUGGUUAAAGUGAUACUUCGCAAAGAUCUCGAGAAGCCCAAAGAUAUCACCUUGAGCCAGUGGGACGAUAAGGUAUUGACAGAUCGUCAAGUGGAGUAUGCGUGCCUCGAUGCCUUCGUCACCUCGGAGCUUGGACUAGCUAUGCAAGCAUGGUCAGUGGGCAGAACUCGUGUCGGAUGGUGUGCCGAAGCUAAUCGCGUGAUGAUGCCGGUUCCUCCUAUUUUGCUUCAUCAAGUUCGCUCAUGA